AUGUCAGCCUCCGUCGACCCCCUGGACGCCCUCCCGGCGGUGGUCCUCGCCGACGUCCUGGGCCGCGUCGCCGACGCUGGCGACAUCGCUGCUUGCCGCCUCGCCUCGCGGGCGCUCCUCGCCGCGUCCUACCUCUGCCCCCGCGUCCGCCUCUGCGCCGCCGACCGGGGCCGCCGCCGGCGCGAGGGCGGGGGCGGUUCCCCCGCGUUCCGCGCGACCACUGCGAACCUCGCCUCGCUUCUCGGGCCUCAUCUCCGGUCCCUGUCGCUCGACACGGCCGAUGGGCAGGGUUCCCCCGAUGACGCGAUGUGCCGAUGUGGGUGGAGGAGGGGGAGUUCGACGAGGCCGACGACCUGCACCUCACCAGCGGCGAGGCCGUGGCGUCGUGGGCGGCCACCUCCGCGGCAGCGGUUCUCCGGGAGCUUGAGAUCGCUGACUACUGGCCGCAGGCGUGCUGGCGAAAGGCGGAGGCGCUCCCACUCAUCUCACACUACUGUAUGCGAGUUUCACUCUGAUUGCCAUUUGAUGUGUCUGCCUUCGGCUUUUGAUUGA